GCAGAGAGGAAGGCUGCAUGAAGUUUUGUUACCGCCCACUUGCACUUGUUGCUGCUGAUGUGACGAAAAGACCCUAAACUCUCUGUGCCUGUCAUCGACAUCGCCAUGAAGAGAAAACUGCUGUGCGUUUAUUUGCCUCUCCUCGUCAUUUUCAAAGAGGUGUCUGGCUUAAAGAUUCGAAACAAGCUGCUGGGUAAAUGUCUGCAGGUGCAGGAAGCAACCACUGGAAGUAAAGUGUCACUGGGGGAAUGCAACCCAUAUUCACCCUCACAGGAAUGGCAUUGGCUCCCUGAGAGCCAGGCACUGAGCAGUCAGCACACUGGGGAGUGUCUGACUGCUCUCGGAGAGCAGUAUGAAGGUGUCUACCUGCAGCCCUGCAUUUUUAGGAUUGAAAGUGAAGAGACUGGUGCUGGAUUAGCAGCAGUGGAGAUGGGCAGAGAGACAGGCAGCCAGGAAUGGUCCUGUUCCAAGAAAGGCCACCUGACUUUGAUAGGGAAGGGGCUGCAUCUUAGUGCUACACAAGAAUCCACUUUGGUCUUCCUUUCAAGGGAACUUAAGCAGCAGGGCAGUAGGUGGCGGACACUUGACAACCAAACACUGUGCAAUGGGAGAGACAACAAACAUAAGCAACAUCAAGACCAACCUCGCCACCAUCUGGGGAAAUCGUUGGAACCUGUGAUUUUUCCAAACGCCAUUUCUGAUGUGGACAGACAAGCUCAAUCAUUUGAAGGUUUAAUGGGUGUGGAGGUGACAGGAUCAUAUCCUGUAAUAGAUGUGUCUCUGUCAUCCCUGACCACUAAAUCCCCCGCGGAUCCUACCAUGAUUUUCUUCAGCAUGGACUAUGGGAUGGGCUGGAAGAUAACCAUGCUGGUAUUAAGCUCUUUGGCUCUGGUCCUGGGAACUGUAAUUCUUAUUCUCAAUGUUUACUCCAACAGAAGGAAGAAGGUGGUGUGUGUUUUGAAGUCGUACACCCCGAGGCCAGAGAUGAGUGUUCCAGGGUCCCCGGUGCCCAGCGAAAGAGCCCCGCUGACAGAACACGCCAUGAGUCUCUCACACUCCUCCCCUACUUUACAACGAGGAGAAAUCCUGAUUCAGUGGAAGGAUGGCACUGUUACUCCACUGUACGAGGCCUGAGUGUUGUGCUGUUUAUGUAGGUUUGGGCGUGGGUGUGUUUGUUCAAGCAUGCAGGCUUUCUGGUGCAUGGGUAUGCAUGUUAUCAUCUGAGUUUGUCUGAAUGGGAGUCAAAUGACAAGAAAAACAAAAAUAAGGCAAAAUAAGAUCUGGUUUUUUUUGUUGUUGUUUCAGACUGUUGACAUCAAAAUGACACUAAAUCAUUUCAUAAAAUGUCUGGACAGAUUAUGGAUUAGUAUCAGGCAGCUUGUGUGAGGUUUAGCUGCCAGAGGGAGAUAAAAGCUGUUGUGAAGCUGCCAGAAUUGAAAAAGUUGAGUAUUAGCUGGACUAAAGGUUUUCAAAGAUACUGAGUGCUGUCUUUUGGUGUUGGAGAUUUGAGGGAUUGCUUGUUGGAUGAAAGGACUGAACAACGAAGCAUUCAGCUCUUUGACAUUUUAAGUACCAUUGAAAACAUAGCAACCAAUAACUCAGACCUUUGGUUGGAUAAAUUCUAAUCCAGGAAACAAAUAUUGUUUUGCUAAUGCCUAAACUUUACAAUGAUCUAACUGCCUAGAUCUGGAUUAAUGUUACACACUGUUCUGCUGAGUCAGCUCAGGUGUCACUUGACAUAAUGCUUAAUUUUAAUGAAUUUAAAAGCUGUCACUUAGUACUGUGUAUAACAACAAAUCAAGACAACCACACCCUUAAAGUUAGGAUUAAUAGGUUAUUUCAGGAAAAUACUAUUACAGUUGUGUUUGCAUACGUAGAUCUGUCACAGAAAACAGGUUAAACAAUGUUUAGUUAGACAGUUCACAUAAUUCAGUAAAAUUUAGCUUGAAUUUCAUAUCAUAAAUAAAUAUUAAGUAGUUAGAUGUGUCAGAAGAAAAACUUAACCUGCUGCCUUGGUUACAUACGAAAAGUUUAUAGUCGUUGAUACAGUAUAAUUCAGUACUGUUCAUUUUGUAAUGCACUUUGUUUUGAUACUGACAAUAUAAAAACUUUAAUACAUUUAAAUUUUGAAUCUAGGAUUUACACCUCAUUCUUGACCUUGGAAACAGCAAUUGACAAAACAAUCGCCACUCAAUGUCUGUUUUAAAGCUUUAGACCGUAUCACUCAGGGCCGAUUUCACAAAGAUAGACUUUCAACAUGUUAACAUUAUCAUAUGUUCCAUUCCAUUAUCAUAUCAUCUCGAUGCAGCACAGACCUGUAGUAGAGCUGAGCUGCUGUGGCUUCUUAGACCAUGUUCACACUAUUUCUGCUAACAUGUCAGUGUGACUCAGGAGAGUUUCCUUGGACAAACAGUUGACGAUAUCCUCACUGUUGUAUAUUUUCAACAGGUUACUGCACGCUCCAAAAACUCUUUCUCUUCUCAUUGCUCACACCACAACAUGUUAACAAACCACAAAUUAUAAGCCAUCUGGUCAUCUGGUGCUGCUGGUAAGCAAGUGUCACCAUAAGUCACUAGAGUUAUGCCAUAGAAACAUGGCCCUUAGUGCAGAGUUAGCCUGUUGGUCGGGUGGCUAACUUUUUAGAUUUGAAAUAAGUCACUUAUUUCAGUGAAACAGUAACUUGUAGUAGACUAAUCUACAUCCUAACACUACAGACCAGCCCUCCUUUCAUCAGCAGAUGAACUUUGCUCAGUUGUCAUUAAACUAGAUAUUUAAACUUUCCAUUAGUCUUAGCACUUUUAGGAUUUCAUCUCCAUGUUUGCCAAAAGUUGACCACAAAGACUUCACAAUAUGGUUGAAAGCCCUGGAACCAGCGAGUAAGUGGACAUUGAGUGGAGAUUGUUUUGUCAGCUACCUUUGACUUGUUGCAUUUGUAUGUUCUGGUUGGACCAGCGAUUAGUGUUAAACUUGUUAGAUUAAUUAACUAAAAAGUUUUUUUUUUUACCUUUUUUAAACUGUUACCAAGCUAAUAAAAUGGGAGAUAGACUACUGAA